UUGAAUGGAAAGAGUAGGAGGGAUGUGCCCACCUGUCCGCUUCGUGGACGCAGCUGCCUGGGGUCCCUCCUGCGACCCCAAGAUCUCUUGCUCUUUUUGUUCCCUGGGCUUUCCAGUGGGGCAGGACCGACUUCGUCCCAGUUCAGCUUCCCUACCCCCUGCUGCUGCGAGACAACACGAUUUUAAAGGUCGGACAGCAGCCAGGGUUGCAAAAUGCUGCCUGUCCCCUGGCCGCGACUGCUCUGCCGCCGCCGAGGGCAGCUGCAGCGCGUGGGCGGCCGGCGCGGGGUCGGGACGAGAGGCUGCGGUCGCCCGGGAGGGGCCCUCAGAGACCGCGCCCCGGGCUCCGUUGGGGUGGCCCACUUGCAACUUUCAUUUUCGAAGCUUCAUUUUUCUCUUUUCUGCGGUCGGAAGUAUCCUUCCGAGCUCUUCCUACCUCGUUUCUCCGGGAGACUUGAAGAUUAGCGAUCUGUGAAAUUUGAGCGUUAAGAACGGGACGAGCCUGUAGGUAAAUUGGACUCGCAGGGUGCCAUUGAGUUCCGCGAGGCGGCACCGGCUGAUUGAGCUGAAAUCAAGCCCCAUCUGGCAGUGGCCGACCCCAGCCCAUUGGUUCAGGUUCGCAACUCCCGUGUGCAAGAGACCUUGAGUCGGGGCUUCCUUCGUGAAGCCUAAGCCUCAGAGCUGCCUGCCCGAUACUCAGGGAGGGGCAACAGGUGAAGCGGACAGUCGCCGUCCAGGACACCUGGUAUUACUUGUUCCUCUUGAUGAACAACUGAAACUGUCUACCUUGAUCAUGCAGGAGCCACCUUGUUCCCCCAAAGCCAGCUCACAAACUUUACUAAGGAUCUCCUGGAAAAUGUUUAUGGUAAUCCUCACAGUCAGAAUAUCACGAGCAAGCUCACCCAUGACACCGUGGAGCAGGUCCGUUACCGGGUUCUGGCACAUUUUCACACCACGCCUGAGGACUAUAGCAUGGUUUUCACAUCCGGGAGCACGGCUGCCCUCAAACUGGUGGCAGAGGCCUUUCCGUGGGUGUCCAGGGGCCCAGAGAACGGUGGGAGUCAGUUCUGUUACCUCACUGACAACCACACCUCUGUGGUGGGCAUGAGGAAGGUUGCUGAGGCCAGGAAUGUCACAUCCACCCCAGUCAGCCCAGAGGACAUGUGGUCGGCAGAGGAACGAGGUGCCUUGGCCUGUGAGCCCGACUGCCAGCUUCCACACCUCUUCUGUUACCCGGCUCAAAGUAACUUUUCAGGAACCAGAUAUCCCCUCUCUUGGAUAGAAGAGGUCAGGUCCGGGCGGCUGAGCCCUGCGAAUGUGCCUGGGAAGUGGUUCGUGCUGCUGGAUGCAGCCUCGUAUGUGAGCACCUCACCUUUGGACCUCUCGGCUCACCAGGCAGACUUUGUCCCCAUCUCCUUCUAUAAGAUCUUCGGAUUCCCCACCGGCUUGGGUGCUCUGCUGAUCAAUAAUCGUGUGGCUCCACUACUGAGGAAAAGCUACUUUGGAGGAGGGACAGCCGCUGCCUACCUUGCGGGGGAAGACUUCUACAUCCCGAGGCCUUCGGUGGCUGAAAGGUUUGAAGAUGGCACCAUCUCAUACCUUGACGUGAUAGCCUUGAAGCAUGGAUUUGAUGCGCUGGAGCGCCUAACAGGUGGCAUGGAGAAUAUUAUGCAGUACACCUUCAUGCUGGCGCAGUAUACCCACACCGCCUUGUCCUCUCUCCGCUACCCCAAUGGAGCCCCAGUGGUGCAGAUUUACAGUGACUCAGAGUUCAGCAGCCCUGAUGUUCAGGGUCCAAUCAUCAAUUUUAAUGUGCUGGAUAAUGGCGGGAACAUCAUUGGUUACUCUGAGGUGGACAAGAUGGCCAGCUUGUACAACAUCCACCUUCGAACUGGCUGCUUCUGUAACACGGGGGCCUGCCAGAGGCACCUGGGCAUAAGCAACGAGAUGGUCAAGAAGCAUCUUGAGGCAGGUCAUGUCUGUGGAGACAGUCUUGACCUCAUAGAUGGACAGCCCACAGGCUCCGUGAGGAUUUCCUUUGGAUACAUGUCUUCAGUUGAAGAUGCCCAGGCAUUUCUCAGGUUCAUCAUAGCCACUCGCCUGUGCUUACCAGGUGGCCAGCCAGUCCCUCAGGGCAGCACUGGGAAGGCUGGAGCCCCAUCAGCAGAGGGGAAGGCACAGGACACACCCGCUGUCACCGGCAGACAUUGUGUGUCACCUCAGGAAGGUGCCCGCAUGGACUCCGGGGUUUGGAAUGACUCCAGCUCCACUGUGAAUUCCGUAGAUUUGUGCCCUGCGAUGGGUAAGGCCACCAGAACCCAGCCGACUCCUUCAGAGAAAGCUGCAGGCAUCCUGCCUGGGGACCUUGGGCCACACAUUGUCACCAACCUUUACCUCUACCCCAUCAAAUCCUGUGCCGCAUUUGAGGUGACCAGGUGGCCCAUAGGAAAGCACGGGCUGCUGUAUGACCGGAGCUGGAUGAUCGUGAAUCACAACGGCAUUUGCCUGAGUCAGAAGCAGGAGCCGAGGCUCUGCCUGAUCCAGCCCUUCAUCGAUCUGCAGCAAAGGAUCAUGGUCAUCAAAGCCAAAGGAAUGGAGCCCAUAGAGAUGCCUCUUGAGGAAGAUAGUGGCCGGGUUCAGAUUUGCCAAAGCAUAGUCUGUACAGACAGGAUAAAUACUUAUGAUUGUGGAGAAAAAAUUUCAAGCUGGUUGUCAGAAUUUUUGGGCCGUCCUUGUCAUUUAAUCAAACAAAGUUCAAACUUCCAACGAAAUGCAAAGAAGCAUGGAAAAGAUCAGUCUACUGGCAUAACAGCCACCCUUUCCUUGGUGAAUGAGGCACAGUACCUGCUGGUAAACACAUCGAGCAUUCUGGAACUUCAUCAGCAAUUGAACACCAGUGAUGAGAAUGGAAAGGAGAAAUUAUUCCCAAUGAAAGAUCUCAUCUCACGGUUCCGGGCCAAUAUCAUUAUGAAUGGAACAAGAGCUUUUGAAGAAGAGAAAUGGGAUGAGGUCUCAAUUGGUUCCUUGCAUUUCCAGGUUCAGGGGCCUUGUCACAGAUGCCAGAUGAUUUGUAUCAACCAGCAGACUGGGCAACGAAACCAAGACGUUUUCCAAAAACUCUCCGAGAGUCGCAAGAGAAAGGUGAACUUCGGUGUGUACUUGAUACAUAGAUCCUUGGAUUCAUCUUCUCCAUGUUUCCUGUCCGUGGGGUCUCAAGUGUUCUCUGUGUUGAAAGAGAAUGUAGAACACCAUGACUUACCUGCUUCUGAGAAAUGCCAGGAUCUUGUCUCCUAAAAUAUUUUUUAUCCGGAAUGCAUUAAAGUUUCUCUUUUCCAGUGAUUUCUACUGUUACACAGCUCUGAAGCUUGGUUCCAUAGAAUGUGGUCUUUGAACCAGAGCAGUUCUUUUCCUUUGGAAGUAAGCAUCCUCUCAUCCAGUUCUUCUGACUCCUCACUCAGGUUUGCACUGGUCAUGCCAGAGGAGCAAUUCCAAGGCCUCAGCACUGAAUGCUGUGCCCCACCCAGAGGGGCUCCCAUACAAAUUUGAAUUUUUGAUCAAUUGUGGUCAGAUGAGAUUUUUUGUGUGUGUGAGGUGAAAUCUCACUAUGUUGGGUUCUAGCCUUGGACUCCUGGGCUCAAGUGACCCUCCUGCCUCAGCGUCUCUAGUAGCUGAGACUACAGGUAUGCACUAGCUUCAGAUGAAGUUUUGAAUGAAGCUCACUGGGACGACUUAACCAAGUAUGGGUUUUUAUUUGGCCAUUUUCUUAGAAUCCUUAGGAUCUUUCCAGCCCCUUUGUGCUGAGGAAGGGGGUCUCUGCCCAUUGAUCUUGAUGGUAUAAGGUGUUCCUGUCUUCCUUGUACAUGGUAGGAAUAGGUUUGGGCUCAAGGGCCUGGACUUAGGACUGUAUUCCUUGAGGGCCAUUUCCACCUGGAUAUUUAUGUUCUGAGCAAAGCCACAAGUCAGCAAACUCCUCAUCUUUUUUCCUCCCUUUGGCCCCUUCUGAGUUGGCACACUGAGGUCUGCUCCCAAGCCUGAAAGCACACUCAGCAUCAGCUGAUGGAAGUAGUUGUCCUCCUCGCCACAAACCCAUUGAACAUUGCUGGACAAGCUGCUCAAAUGCCUCUACACCCCAGUCCAGAGAGGAGCACUGGAAUUCAGGGGCCCUGUCUGCACCACCCCUGAUCAGUGUUCCUGAAGUUGAGUAUGUUCAGUGGUGGAAAGCUCACUGUUUGAUGAAGUGCCCCAUCCCACUGAGUCUGUAGAAAGUUUCUAGCUUGAAUCUGCACCCUGUGACUUCAGCUCUGUCAGCAGGAGAAGUACAGAGGGAGCAUAUCCACUCUGUCCUCCUGAACUGUGUUGUUUCAUAUGUGAACCGAGUCCCUUCUGCACUUUCCACCUGUAUUGUCCACUUCUCUUCCCCAGGUCUCUGCCUGCCAUUGCCCACAGCACUACUGUGUCACUCUGUUGCUUGGUUGGUGAGGACACCAGGCCCAGGCCUCCCUGCCUCAUCUGUUCAGAGCUCAUGGGACUCGGAGUCAGUCUGUUUCAUCUUCUCAUUUGUAGUAUUUUAUGUUGCUCCUGGUACUCUGUGGGAUGAGUAUACACUGUUCUCUAAGAUUGACUAGAGGGAGCUUUGGAUUUGCACUCUCAUUUGGUGCAAAGAAUUAAGUGGAAGAAGUACACCAGUGAUCCAGUGGCUCCUGAGUUCAGUGGAAGGGGAGGCACAUGCACACUGCAGCAUGGUCCCAGACCUUGUGUUGACAGGUGCAGCCCACUGAAUGUGGUGGAAGCUAUGUCAGAAAGCAGGUUCUACAAAAGUGUGCUCACCUGUAUCAUCAACAUAUUUUCAGGUACCAAAGACUAAAAGAGCCUUGGUUAUACUUCCACAUCUUUGUCACCUUUUUGUAGUAGAAAUUUGUAUGACUGAUUUCAGACAUUUUAAUGUAAACCCUGCCCUUCAAAGCACAGUUCUGUAAUUAUCUCCUUAUAAUUAGUGAUUUAGGGCUGGGGAUUUAGCUCAGUGGUUUUGCCACCUGCCUCAUAAGUGGAAGGACCUGAGUUAGAUCCCUGGUACCAAUAAAUAAAUAAAGAAAUAAAUAAAUUAAAAAAAUUAGUGAUUUAACAGCAAUCUGUCUCUACUAAACCCAUGAGAUCAGGACUUGUUCCUAUUUGGGUCAACAGUGUAUCUUUAGUGUUGGCAGGCAAUAGGUGCUCAAUAAAAUUUGUUGACUAUGUAAAGCUGA